UCUUCCUCCUCCUCACCCCUGCCAGACUUAGAACCCGGCACGACACACACACACACACACACACACACACACACACACUGCCACCGCCUCAGUCACUCCACGAUGGACUUCCUCAGCGAGAAGAAGCAGUUUACGCCCCCCGAGGGGUUGGGCACUAAGUUUGCAGUGGCGGAGGUGCAGCGUUUCAUCGUGGACUGCUUGGUGGCCGCCGGCGCCUCAAGGGAGAACGCGGUGCCCCACGCGGAGGUGAUGGUGGCGGCGGACGUGCGAGGCCACUACAGCCACGGUCUGCAGAGGCUGGAUAUGUACGUGGCAGAGUUGCGUCACGGUGUCACGGACGGGCACGUCACGCCGGAGGUGCUGAAGGAGUCCGCCGCCACGGCCCUGGUGGACGGGAAGAGCGCCCUUGGGGGCGUGGUGGGCACCUUCUGCAUGGACAAGGCCAUUGAGAAGGCUCGGAGUGCAGGCGUCGGCUGGGUCUGCGCCAGAGGCAGCAAUCACUACGGCAUUGCUGGCUGGUAUGCCGUCCGCGCCGCCAGUCAAGGCCUCGUUGGCAUGAGCUUCACUAAUGCAGGUUCUGGGGUCCUUGCAACCAGAGCCAAGAAGGGCCUCAUGGGCACCAACCCUAUCGCCAUGGCUGCCCCGGGGAAGGCUCAGGACAACUUUGAGCUUGACAUGGCAACUAGUGUUGUCGCGAGUGGCAAGCUAUCUUAA